AUGUCCGACCCCCAACAUAGCAUACCAGCCCCCACAGCUUCUCACCCACCCACACUCGCACUACCCCUGCUUCCACAAGCCAAACCCACCUCCACCCUCCUCACCACCCUCCGCGCCCACCAACUCAUGCUCAAAGACCUCUACAUCACCCAAAACAACGCCUACGUCGUAGCCUACACCGCAUUCGAGACACAGUACGCAGCAGCAACAGGGCUGCCUUCCAAGAAGAUGCAGGAGAUUAUCGCAAAGCUGCUAGAACAGCAGAAGGAGAUUAUGCUCUUCCAGACCUUCCUGUGGAGUUUCCAGAUGUUUGUUUUCGGCCUGGAGAGCGGCGAGACGCAUGAUCUGAAUGAGGGGCAAGCGCGUGGAGAGGUGGGGUUCGGUAGUGGAGGAGCGAGGGGCUUCGAGGGCAUGUGGCGCUGA